UGCAUUUACAGUUUCAUCCACCAUGGAGUAAUAACUAUGCCUCAUCGCUGGUCAGCUCGAGUUGUGCUUACCCCGUUCGGGUUCUCGCUUUGAUCGGCUGCGGGAAACCGCUUAAGGUUCGAGAUUUUAACUCGCUGCUCGCCACUGGGUCACAGAACCUCAAAGAAUCGCAGACAGAGGAAGGAGCACUUAUUUAGUGCCCUCAACCUGGAGAAAAUCCACUGUUGGUACUCAACUGUGAAUGAGGACAAUCUCAAUUGAAAUUCAACGAACUUUGACUCCGUAGUGAAUUUUGCAAUCCAGACCCUCAAUCUGAAUGAGCGGUUCGGCCAACUCGGUCGAAAAGAGGCCAUCAAUCGAGAUUUUUUUCUUUCAGUAAAACAGAAUGGACCAAGUCACCAAGGACGCUGAGUCGCUCAAACUCGACGACUCUGGCAAAAAUGGCCCGGCCGAACCAGACAUCUCAUCGUUUGUUCCGGAGCUGCCUCCGGGGCACAAGCUCUACGCAGGCAAGACGCUCGAGGAGACGGUGAACGACCUCAAUAAGCACCCGCUCUUUAUGACGGAGCUGGACACGUCCGAGGACAACGAGGAGUUGGCUGCACUGCAGGCGCUUGCCUACGAGGGCACGCCGCUCGAGAACGCGGCCAACUUCAAGGAGCAGGGGAAUGAGUGCUUCCGGGAGAAACGCUGGGCCGACGCAAAGGAAUUCUACUCCAAGGGAGUGGCCAUCCUGGCCGCUGAAGAGACCCGCCGGGCGAAGGGUAUCAAGAAGAAGGUCAAGAAGGCGCCAAAGCAGGUGACAAUCUUGCCCGACGCCUCCUCCUCCUCAUCCACCCAGGAAGAAGGCAGCAACCCAAGGAAAAAGGAGGAGGACGACGAAGAAGAAGUCCCCGAUCUCCCCUCAGAAGUAGAAGCCGAACGCGCCCUCCUCGAAACCCUCCACCUCAACCGCGCCGCCUGCCAUCUGUCCCUGCGCAACUACCGCUCCUGCACCCUCGACUGCGCAUCCGCCCUCCGGCUGAACCCGAGCAACAUCAAAGCCCUGUACCGCUCCGCCCGCGCCCUGCUGGCCGUGGACAAACUCACCGAGGCCGACGACGCCUGCAAGCGUGGUUUGAGCCUCGACCCGUCUAACGGGCCUCUACUCUCCGUAGCCGAGGAAAUCAACCAAGCACGCGCAGCCGCGGAAGCAAAACAGCGGCGCGAGGAGGAGCGACUCGCCCUCGAGCGGCGCAAGAAGACUUUGCUUCAGACGGCGCUCGCGGCGCGGGGGAUCCGUACCCGCACCACAAAGGGCGGCAAGCCCGACAUGGAGGACGCGCGGGUCCGGCUGGUGCCCGACGAGCUCGACCCGCAGAGCACGCUGGCGUUCCCCACCAUGCUGCUGUACCCGCUAGCCCUAGAAUCGGACUUUAUCAAGGGGUUUGGCGAGGCCGAGACGCUCGAGCAGCACUUUGGCUAUGUGUUCCCGCUGCCCUGGGACCGGGAGGGGGAGUAUGAGACCGCCAAAGUCGAGUGCUACAUGGAGGCUGCCCAGGGCGGAGGGCUGGUCAAGGUCGGCAAGCGCGUGCCGCUGCUUAAGGUGCUCAGCGGGGGCAAGGUGGAAGUGGUGGAUGAGUUGCUGAGGGUAUUUGUAGUGCCGCGGGCCAAGGCGGACGGGUGGGUGAGGGAAUGGAAGGUUAAGCGCGGGUUGGGGGAGGAGGGGGGUUAGGUAAAGUCGAAC